UCGCGUCAGGUCACCGUCUAUAAAAUUACCUGAAAGUGAGACAACAUGGCGGCGCGUGCACUUCUUCUCGGGGCUGUGACAGCAACCAGGGCGACUGCAGCAACUUUUCAUCUGAGGAGCAACGCUGCUGCUCGGUCGUUUCCCCGUUUCCUGUCUGCAGGAAGAGGGAUCCCGACUGAUGAUGAGCAGGCGACUGGACUGGAGCGCCGUGCUCUGCAGGCAUUCAAAAAGGGAAUGGACCCAUACAGCAUCCUGAAGCCAAAACAGUAUGCAGGAACCAAAGAGGACCCUCACAUUGUCCCGUCUAUUGGGAACAAGCGCCUGGUGGGCUGUCUCUGUGAGGAGGACAACACCGCCAUCGUCUGGUUCUGGCUCCACGAAGGCGGCGCUCAGCGAUGUCCUUCCUGUGGCUCGCAUUAUAAACUCAUCCAUCACGAGCUGCCUCACUGAAGAUCCACACUGAAGACAAAUACCGCCCUCUGGUGGCCACAUACUGUACAUUGAAGACAAAGACCACCCUCUGGUGGUCACGAUUCUACUGCAUGGUUAUUAACAUGUAGUUUAUCAUUAAAAUGUUGACUGAA